GUCACACUUUGCCAAAAGAAAUUUAUUAUUAUAACGUAUACGUCGCUCUCGCUUAAGAAUUUCGAGGUAGCGAUCGCUUUCGAAAGAAUAUUUGUGCAGCUGCUUAACCGUCAAGUGCAUUUAAAAGCCUAAAAUAAUGAGUAAACCGGGCAGUGCUCCUCCGCAGUUCACCUAUGUUCCGCCCCCAUCGGCCCCGCCCUCCUACCAGGAGGCAGUGGGCGGGGUGAAGCCCGUGGGUCCAUAUACGCCCGUUGUGGCCCCCGCAACCACCGCGAAUACCACUAUUGUGACCACGGUGGUGCCCAUCAGCCGCACAUCAACACACAUGAUCUGUCCAUCGUGCCACGCCGAAAUCGAGACGACCACGCGCACCGAGCCCGGAAUGAUUGCCUACUUGUCCGGAUUUUUGAUUGCCCUAUUCGGAUGCUGGCUGGGAUGUUGCCUAAUACCUUGCUGCAUUGACGACUGCAUGGAUGUCCACCAUUCGUGCCCCAAUUGCCGGGCGUAUUUGGGUCGCUUCCGUCGAUAGGAUCGCCUCGUAUAUGUGUAGAAUCCAAUGCGGUUCCGUGGUGUAGUUUUACUUUAAGCAAGCGUUUUUGCCUUUAUUUAUUUAAUUGUAGUAAUGUCAUUUGGAUUCCACAGCGAAGGCAGAUGGAACCAGCCAUGGCUUCCCUUAAUCUAAUAUCUAAUAUCCUGCUAAAUUGCUCCGUCGUUUCUAUAUUUUGGUUCGCCCAUACUCUUUAACUGUUACGUGUACGUUUCUGCCACGCUAAUGAUAGUAAUACGUGUACAUUAAUCGAUCCAGCGCUUCGCCGACAGGACAACUACUACGAGAAUUAAAUAAUAAAUCCGCUUUUCUAUGUACAAUUAAAUAUGCGAGCACUUUUAUGUCGCUUGUUUUGUCCAUGUUUCGAAAAACAAGCCUUUAAAUAUUUGCACAAAUUGUAAAUCGAUUCAAAAUCGCACAUACACAAAAGACAAAAUACAAGAUAUUUUUGUAACAAUUUGUAAAAGUCUCAAGCGAGAGUGCAUAUUGUAUACUUGAAAGCUAAUAUCUGUAAUUAAUAAUCACCAAAUCUUUAAUACUGA